UGGCGAACGCGCCGACCCAUGGGGAAGGCAGCCAAAGUGCUCCUUCUUUGCCGAUGGUUACAUGUAUCGGCGGAAGAUGAAGCAUUGCUAUUCAGGCUUCGUGGCGACAUGGGCUUAUUCUAUGCAGAGCUGCGGCAUCGCCACUGGCGGCUGAGCUUGGAAGCUGCUUCCAAAGUACAGAGCGUUGGUCCGGCGGAUGCGUCAUCCGUCGCCAACUGGGCAUCUUGGCUUCGUGGUUGUGCCGACAAAUCCUGCAGCUGCAACGCCCUGCCAGAGACUGGACGGGUGGAUGAGCGCUGCAACUGUCCUUUGCUGCCAAGCAGCACCGGACAACUUGGUCGCACACUGCGUUUGGGCCGCGUCUUGUGGUGCGUGGCUUCAACAGCUCCCGCCUUGGAGACUCUGCGUGUCAGUGUUGCAGCUGACUUCUAUGCACACACAGGUGGCAGUGCGUCUCUGAUGGCUCAUGGCAUGGCAGUGAAGCCGGGCCGCAGCCACCAAGCUUUGCUGUGGACCUGGGAAGCACAACGGAACUGGGCCUUGGAGGCGACCAAGAACCUCCAGGCUGCGGGGGCAGAUGCUGUUUUAGUAACGCCUCCAGCGUGGGAGGGUGCAGCAGCCCAGGAAGCUUUGCUAGAGGAGGCCAAGUCUGGCAAUGGGGAAGCAGCCGUGCGCGCAGUGGUGGUGGCCGAGGCGCCUCCCUUUCCUCAUGCCACAGAUCGAGGAGAUGGGACGGCCUCGGAAGUGCUGCUGCAAGCUCCAUGUAUGAAUGGCAGUGGCAUUGAAUUUGUCUUCAUCGACCCUUUGGAGGCCUUCGUUCCCGAGUUCUCCGUGCUUUUCCAGUCCUGCCCGGGUCUCAAGUGGAUUGCUGUCCACAAUACCAACUUGAGAGAAAUGGCGGGAUGGAUCCCCAGAUUUUUAGCCAACCAGAGUGCGUGGCAUUUGGUCCUCAAGGGCUCCCACCUUUGGCGUCCAGUCGAGCUGGCGCGGCAUGUGCCACGUCGAAGAGAAUGGCAGUUGUGGGCAAGAGGCGAUGCUUUGAUCCAAGCUCCACCAGAGCUGGAGGAGUUGGUCAAAUCGACAUGGCAAGCCUGGCGCUCGUGGGGCGUGGACUUGGAGGAAAAAGGACCAAAAAGGGGCGAAGAGUCGGUGAAGAGUCGGUGUUUGCCAGCGGCAGUAUCCUUGCCUCUUAGGCUGCCCCUGGCAUUCGUGCUUGAUCAGAGCACCGUGGAUUCUCGUGGCAAACAUGUUCAUAGCUUGUCGUGCGGGGCCAGUUGUGCUCCCACAAAGCCUGUAUAUCCGCUCGCCGCAACGUAUUUCACCUGUCCAGUCAAGGCUCUGAAUCUUGGAGACUUUGGUAUCCACGUCCAGCCGGGCAAGCUGCAGAUUAAGGCGGUUGAAGAGUUGCCCUUCAAGUGGCGCAUUCCAAAUCUUCCAGCGGACCGUCGCCUGAAGUGUCGCCCGAAACCCGAUCUUGACGAAGCUGCAGAGCAGAACUUCACAACUUUGGAGAUGAUCAUCCCGCCACAUCAAGAGCUGGCAGCGCAGGCGUUGCCUAUGAAAAAGGGGUCGUGGUUUAAGACUGGCGACCCAAGAGCACGUAACCCGCCGAAUUUCUCCUUACAGCCCAACUUGCAGGAGCCUGCAAUGAUGCCUGAAGUGCUAAACAUCCUAAAAAGUCUUCACGAUAGCACAAUGUCAGCAAAGGUCCGCUUGGUGCGUCGCCCAGGCUUCCAAUUUGGAGGCGGACUGCACCAACGGAAAAGAGGAAUAGCCAACAAAACCGUCACAGGGAAAAACCUUCUUAGAAGGGAAAAAACCCUGCGCCGAAACAAGGGAGGACGGACGUAUGCCGACGAAUCCAUGCCCCCCAGCAAAAAAGGAUAGGCCGCGUCAGCCAAGCUAUUCUGACCUGAUAAUCUCCAACGUGUCACACGUCAGUGUCAGCUGCUUGCCAGAGACAUCCAAAGGAUCAUUUUUCUUGCGGCAUUAUAAGAUGCAGUGAAGCCACAUGUUGGCGUAUUGCGUUCGAAACUAUGUGACCGCCAAGUCACAUCAUUGGUGACAUUGCUGUUAGAUCGAACUUGCACUUGAGAAACAAAUGGCAGGCUCUUUGGCCUUGAGUUGAGACGCAGAAAGCAAUGACUGCAACUGUGGUACAAGUAUGGUGGUCUGAGAAGUAAAUUGUUAAGAAACACGGCGCUUGGUAAUCUUGGCGCCGACAAACUCAGACUCGGCUCUCGGCUGAAUUCAUGCAACUUGAAAAUCAGUCAGUCAUAGCCCGCUGGCAUCACUGCAGGCAAAGGAUUUUAGAAAUUAUCAGCAGCAUGGAGCCAAGGAUUUACGCUACUAGAGGUUCAUUUCCAACCCGCUGUUGUAAAGCGCACACUUUAUUUAGGUUUGUUUUCCAUGUUU